GCGGCAGGGUACCACCGGGUUUUAGUCCACCUGCGGGGAGCACUCGAUCGGUGAGAUAGAGGCCACACCCCUCAAACCAGCCCACAGACACAACACAACCACAAAAGCCGACCGAUAAGCAAUCGCCGCAAUGAGCGCCCCGGCCAAGCUCACGCCCAACGACCCGCGGGUCGAGCACCGCAACGUCAUGGUGCGGGGCAAGAACUACCACUACCUGCUGGCCAAGCCCGAGGGCCCGCACAAGGCCACGGUGCUGCUGUGCCACGGCUUCCCGGACCUCUCGUUCGGCUGGCGGAACCAGAUCCCGGCGCUGCAGGCGGCGGGCUACCAGGUCGUGGCACCCGAUAUGCUGGGCUACGGCGGCACCGACGCGCCCGACGCCGUCGAGGCGUACGGCUCCAAGGGCAUGAGCGACGACCUCGCGGCGCUGCUCGACGCCGACUUCCCGACCGAGCCGCGCGUCGUCAUCGGCGGCCACGACUGGGGCGGCAUGCUCGUCUGGCGCUUCGCCGAGCACCACCCUGACCGCGUGCUGGGCGUCUUCAGCGUCUGCACCCCUUACGUCCCGCCCCAGGGAGAGUUCUACGACCUGUCGCAGGUGACGCAGGUGCUGCCCAACUUCAGGUACCAGCUGCAGUUUGCGGGCGACGAGGUGGUGAAGCGCACGGCCGAGGGCGGCAAGCCCGCGGUGCGCCAGUUCCUCAACUGCCUGUGGGGUGGCAGGCCCAAGGAGGGGAGCGACGGGAAGCCGUUCUCAGUCGACACGGGUGUGCCGUUCGGCCACAUCGCCGACCUCGAGACGUCGCGCCUGCUGUCGGACGAGGAGCUCGACUUCUACGCCGACCAGUACUCGCGCAACGGCCUGCGCGGGCCCACCAACUGGUACCGCUCGCGCAGGGUCAACUUCGACGAGGACCGCGGGCUCUACGCGCGCGGCAAGGACUUCAAGAUCCAGACGCCCGCGCUCUUCAUCUCGGCCACGCGCGACGCCGCCCUGCCCGAGGCCAUGUCGGCCGGCAUGGACGCCCACUUUGUGAACCUGUCGAGGGGCCGCGUCGAUGCCUCGCACUGGGCCCUGACCGAGGCCUCGGCAGAGGUCAACAGGCAGAUUGAGGAGUUUGUGGACCGGGUGACUCGGCCCAAGGCCUCGAUAUAAGCAAAAGGGGAAAGAUGAAUGGGGCGGAUCACGACUGAGCACUGCUUUAUGACCAAGGAAAUUCUGAAAAUGACAUUAUGAGAACCAAAACAAUCAUCUUUAUUGAGGGAGAGCAGGAGCAGGGAAGGACUCUCUAGUGAUCGGCGUGGGAAAACGGCCUGACGCAAAACAGAAAGCGGAUCUGGUUA